UUUUUGACAACCGCCAAAAAUAAAUGACGUCGUCAUUCCGCGACAACUAUGACCAAAACAGAAAACUCCUCGCAGGCAGUUGGAGCUCAUUACUUGGAUAACGUUACAGUCUAACGAGUAUGAAAACCUCUGGAAGCGAUGCUGCAGCCAGAAUUGGUCCGACUUCUGACAGAGGGACAUGUGUUAGUAAAAAGCUGCGAUGAAGACUGUCCGACGGGAAACACACGUGAGCCGAGGCAGAGUGAGGCAGAGGAGGGAAACCCGUUCAACUUCACCCCGCAGCUCAUCCACCUGCACAAAGACCACGAGCUGUUUGAGGAUGGGGACAUUCACAGACACAUGUAUCUGCAAGACCUCUACAUCUCAGAGGCUGAAGACAAGCCAACACCCAGUGUGUCAGAGUUUGCCUGUCACAUUUCUGGCUGCAGUGCAGUCUUCAGCACUUUGGAGGAGUACGAGCACCACUACAACUCCCUGCACAGACAUGUGUGCUGCUCCUGCCGUCGCUCCCUGCCAAGUGCCCGGCUCCUGGACAUUCACAUUCAGGAGUGGCACGACUCUCUCUUCACUAUCCUCGCCCAGAGGCAAGAUAUGUACCAGUGUUUGGUGGAGGGCUGUGGACAGAAGUUCAGGACUAGUAAACACAGGAAGGACCAUCUAAUACGAAUUCACAAGUAUCCUCCAGACUUCAGAUUUGACAAAACCAGAAAGGAGAGAGGAAACCGAGAGACGAAGAGACCGCAGCAGAACGACACAGCCAUGGAGGUAGUGGAUGAUGUGUGUGAGUCCGAGGGUGUGUGUGAGGUUAUGUGUGAUGUGUUGUCCGACCAACCCGAGCACGGGGAAUCCAUGGAGACGCAUGUGUGUCAGGAAGAAGCUGCUCGCACGGCAAAGUCUGCCUCUGCUGAGGAGCACGCAGAUCUUUCUGCUGCAGCUCACGGCACUGGGAAUACAAGCACCGAGCCACUAAAACCACAAUACUCCUACAGGGUCCCUACAACUGUGUGCUUCGGUCACGGCUCCGUCCGAGGCUUCAGAGGGCGGCGGGGAAGGAGGAAGUGAAACACCAGAAUCGAGUCUUCUGUCCUUUUAAGAUGUACAACUUUAUACCCUCGUCUUGUAAGAUAUUUACUGUCAUAUGUGUCCUUAACUUGAAAUAAAAUGUUUUUUGCACAACCCCCCCCUGAUGUGUGUAGAUGUUCGUUCAGGUGAUGAAGAAUAAGUUUUGUUGUAAGGUGUAGUUUUUUUUUGUUUUGUUUUUUUUCUGCUACAUAUUCCCCAUCUCACUUCUCCUCUUGGGGACAUUCUGGAUGUCAGAGCUAUCUCAGUGUUUCAUUUAAUGCAUCAAUGUCAUCUGUCUUUAUAAUAAACUUUAUUUUUCCAAAGUACA